AUGAAGAACAGGGUGGUGAAGACAGAGAAACACUCUAAAGUUGUAGAAGAAUCGCUUGGUGUCAUCACUCAGAAAUGUCGGGAGACUAGUGAAGAGAAUAAGGUGCUCAUGCGUCGGAUUAAAGAGAAGCACUUGGAGCAUGAGGAAGAGAUGUCUUCCCAGGAGAAAUUUUUCGAUGACCAGAUAGAAAACCUUUACAAGGCCAUGGAGGAGAAAGAAAGUGAAUAUGAGAAGGGACUGCAGGAGGAGCGUGCAAAGGCUAGACAGUAUGAUGUGGAUUCUGGGACUACUGAAAAUUGCAGGCUAAGGAAGGAGGAAGUGCAGCAUUUCAUAGAUUGCCAGGCUAAGGGCGUGGAGGAGUUUAUGUCUAAAAGGGACGAACUGAUAAAGGCACACGAGAAGAAGAAGGUGCAGCUCAAGAGAGAGUAUAUGGAGAAGGAGGUGGAGCUCGAGAAGGAGCUCGAUGCCGCUCUCACGUUUCUGAUGGAGAAGCACGAGCCAGACACCUUCAAGGCUUCUAGCUCCAGCUCGUGA